UGGACGUUUGAUGUGGUGUUUGUCAAGAUUGUGCUAUUGUGUGUUUACAGUGAUUUAUUUUCCGUUACUAUAGUCCUAAUUGAAGUAUAAGCUUUUAAGGAGUAGAUGAAGGUGACAGAAUGUCUCGCAACAAAGACAAGCACGAGGGCGCUAGCGGGCGCCAGUACCGCAUCAUGUCGGACGCGGAGCGCGCGGCGGGCAAGCCCGGGUGCUGGACCGCGCUUGAGGUAACAGGAGGUGUGCGCGCCCUAGCGCCACAACUGUUCCAACUGACGCACCUCACGGAGUUGUACCUCAACGAUAACUCGCUUCAGCGGUUGCCCCCCGAGAUCAGCCAGCUGAGUGCGUUACAUACGCUCGAUGUGUCCAACAAUAAGUUGCGCUCGCUGCCCGUAGAGCUCGGCGACCUCAUACAGCUCAGAGAGUUGCACUUGAACAACAAUUACUUGCGAGUGUUGCCGUACGAGCUGGGCAAGCUGUUCCACCUCCAACUCCUCGGGCUGCAGGGUAACCCGCUCAGUAAGGAGAUGCUGUCCAUCUACAACGACUCCAAUGGCACCGCCAAGCUGCUUAGUUAUAUGCUCGACAACUUACAAGUAACCGCAACUCUACCACCACAGAGACCUUGGAUACCACUGACACGACCAAACAGAACGCGGCCAACAUGCAUAUUCACAGUGAUGUGCUACAACGUAUUGUGCGACAAGUACGCGACGCGGCAGAUGUACGGCUACUGUCCCAGCUGGGCGCUCGAGUGGGACUACAGGAAGAAGGGCAUCCUCGACGAGAUCAGGCACUACUCCGCGGACAUCAUUAGCUUGCAGGAAGUGGAAACGGACCAGUUCUACAGCUUCUUCCUACCGGAACUGAAGCAGGACGGGUACGACGGCAUUUUCUCGCCAAAGUCUCGCGCCAAGACAAUGUCAGAGUCGGAGAGGAAAUACGUCGACGGAUGCGCCAUCUUCUUUAGAUCUGCUAAGUUUGCUUUAGUAAAGGAGCACCUAAUAGAAUUCAAUCAGUUGGCUAUGGCGAACAGUGAGGGUUCGGAUAAUAUGCUGAACCGCGUCAUGCCCAAAGACAACAUCGGCCUCGCCGCGUUACUCAAGACCAAGGAGGCCGCGUGGGAGAACGCAGGCAUCCCGACGGACGCAUCGAUACUGGGUCAGCCCAUCCUGGUGUGCACGGCGCACAUACACUGGGACCCGGAGUUCUGCGACGUGAAACUCAUCCAGACGAUGAUGUUGAGCAAUGAGCUGCGCAGCAUCUUGGAGGACUCUGCGCGCACUCUGCGCCUCGCCGGACAACGCGACAACGUGCAGCUGCUGCUCUGCGGGGACUUCAACUCGCUGCCAGACAGCGGCGUGGUAGAGUUCCUGUCGUCUGGUCGCGUGUCGUCGGAGCACCGCGACUUCAAGGAGCUGGGAUACGCGGGCUCUCUGCGCCGAAUGCCCGGCUCCGAGCACGAGUUCACGCACAACUUCAAGCUCGCCUCCGCAUACAGCGAGGACAUCAUGCCCUACACCAACUACACUUUCGACUUCAAGGGCAUCAUCGACUACAUCUUCUACAGCAAGCAGUCGAUGACGCCGCUGGGUCUUCUGGGCCCGUUGUCGCAGGACUGGUUCCGCGAGCACAAGGUGGUCGGCUGUCCGCAUCCCCACAUACCCUCAGAUCACUUCCCGCUGCUGGUGGAGCUGGAGAUGUGUCCGAGCACGAGCAGCAACUCCAAUGGUCUGAUCGGGCGCAGGUAGCACCCGUCACCGCGCGCGCCUCGCCGCACCCGCACCCGCGCCCGACACCCGCCCGCCGCUAGUGCCCCAGUGCCCCAGUGCCCUAGUGCCCUAGUGCCCUAGUGCCCGACACAGUGUCUCAGUGUCUCAGUGUCGGACAGUGACAAGUGACAGUGACAACGCCGGCUGACAGACAGGACGGCUGUGAUAAAUAAUGCCGCAUUUAAAAUAUCGGUGCACCCUCAAAAUUUAUACCCCUCUUGAGAUCUAAAUGUCUCCUCUUAGUGUAGUUUUAGUGUGAGAAAUUUACACUAAGGGAUUUCUUUGGCGCUUAAUAAACGAAUUAAUUUUUGUUGGUCCUUCGAUCAUAUG